GGUGGCGUCAACAGAAAGUCUCUCAAUGUCGUAUACUUUUGCCUGAGAGGGUGUUAUGUGGUUUAUUCUCUUUAUCUCGACCCCCUCUCUCCGUCUCACUCUCUGUAUGAUGUGCCUGUUAAUGAGUGGGGCGAAGGAGAAAAGAGAGGGAGCGCGCAUCAAGUCUUUCUCCAGGAGCAUGCGUAGCCCUUUAAGAGGCGUCGCGAGGCGCUGUUUUUGUGCUCGCGGCGUGGAGAAAUUUCCGCUUCCUGCCUUCGCAAAUAUUUACUGAGCAGAAGAAAAGCGCCGUGCGCAUAGCCCCUCAGUGAAGAGAGAUAGAUAGAUAGAGAGGGCGAGCGAAAGUGAGAGAGGUCCAGCAGCUUAAAGAAGAAGGACGGGGCGGACUCCCCCGGCACUCUCCCACUCUCGCUCACUAACCUGCUGGCUCCGCCAAACCAUGUCCGAGAAAGGAGCACUCCCUCGGUCUGGAGGUGCUCCGUCUCCGCACCUCCAGCCCUCCAAACCGGUGGCCAUCUCUUCUAACCGGCCGGUGCACAUGAACCUGUACGCCACAUGGGAGGUGGACAGGUCGUCGCCCAGCUGCGUCCCAAGAUUGUUCAGUUUAACUCUGAAAAAGUUAAUUAUGUUGAAGGAACUUGAUAAAGACCUCACUUCAGUGGUGAUCGCUGUCAAACUUCAGGGUUCAAAACGGAUUCUGCGUUCCAAUGAAAUUCUCCUUUCUGCUGCUGGUCUUACAGAAACGGAUCUUCAGCUUACAUUCUCUUUGCAGUAUCCUCACUUUCUAAAAAGAGAUGCCAAUAGACUUCAAAUUAUGCUACAACGUAGGAAGAGAUAUAAGAAUCGAACCAUUCUUGGAUACAAGACAUUAGCUGUUGGACUCAUCAAUAUGGCAGAGGUGAUGCAGCACCCCAGUGAAGGGGCACAGGUGCUUGGUCUACAUAGUAAUUUAAAAGAUAUUGCUGUCCCUGUGGCAGAGAUCCGCAUCUACUCUUUGUCUAGCCAACCUAUUGACCAUGAAGGACCAAAGGCUAAAAUGUCUGCAGAUCGUUCUCCAGAUAUUGAUAACUACUCUGAAGAGGAAGAGGAAAGCUUCUCUUCAGAACAAGAAGGAAGUGAUGAUCCUAUACAUGGACAGGAUUUGUAUGAUGAAGACGAUGAGGUGAAAAAGAUUAAGAAAGUUCGCAGAAAAAUAGCUUCCACGACCUCAAGGGUCACUCAGCCGAACAUAAAACAGAAGUUUGUGGCCCUACUUAAAAGAUUUAAAGUCUCAGAAGAGGUUGGCUUUGGCCUGGAGCAUGUGUCACCAGAGCAGAUUCAAGAGGUUGAGGAAGACCUUGAUGAGUUAUAUGACAGUUUAGAAAUGUACAACCCCAGUGAUAGUGGUCCAGAGAUGGAAGAAACAGAAAGUCUGCUCAGCACACCCAAACCAAAACUGAAACCAUUUUUUGAAGGUAUGUCCCAGUCCAGCUCUCAGACGGAAAUUGGCAGUUUAAACAGCAAGGGAAGCCUAGGAAAAGACUCUAACAGUCCGGUGGAGAUCUCAUUAUGUGAAAAAUUAAAGCAUUCUCGUAGCAGAAAUAUGGAUGAGCCCAUUCCAGAAACAGAUGUACUGGAAUUCUGUGAACAGGAUCUAUUUGCAGAAACAAACACCACUAUUAUAGUGCCAGAGAAGCUGCGAACACCACAGAAGAGUGGAAAGACAGAAUCUCAGAGUUCUUCUCCUAGGCUAGAUGGAAGUCACACACCAAGACAGAAAAGAGGCACCCCACUGAGAGAGAGACAGUUAUCAAAGCCUUUAAGUGAGAGAACCAACAGCUCUGACAGUGAGAGGUCUCCAGAAUUGGGGCAUGGAACUCAGGUUCCACGUAAAAUGGUGUAUGACCAGCUGAACCAAAUCCUGGUUUCAGAUGCAGUGCUUCCUGAAAACCUGAUUCUAGUUAACACCAUAGACUGGCAGGGACAGUAUGUAUCAGAGCUCCUUCAACAAGAGAAGAUGCCAGUAGUGUGCACCCAUUCAAGUGCUGAAAUUCAGGCAGUGUUGUCAGCAGUUUUAACCAGGAUACAGAAAUUCUGUAACUGCAACUCCUCAAUGCCACGGCCAGUAAAGGUAGCAGCUGUAGGUGGUCAGACCUGUUUAAGCACAAUUCUUCACUACUAUGUUACUCAUCUUACCAACAAAACAUCAGACUGGCUCACCUAUAUGAGAUUUCUCAUCAUCCCACUAGGUUCACACCCUGUUGCAAAGUAUCUGGGCUCCAUUGAUACUCGCUACAGUGCAAGUUUUCUUGAUACAUCCUGGAGAGAGCUCUUUUUUCGGUCUGAGCCACCCUGCACAGCUCCUUUUGAUGUGGUUGACCGUAUUGCACAGUAUGUUGCUGGAGCAGGCACCACACAUCAGUUGCCAAUAGCAGAGGCCAUGCUAACUUGCAAACGAAAAAUGCAUGAUGAAGACUCCUAUCAAAAGUUUAUCCCUUUCAUUGGAGUUGUAAAAGUUGGACUUAUUGAGCCCGGUGCAAUUUCUUCUGGAGGAGACAUUGAUGAGUGUGUGGCCACCAACCUGACUGUGCCAUCCACAUCACCUCCCUCUCAAGGAGGCGCUGUUGGACUCCUCAAGGAUGUUGCAGCAACCCCUCCAUCAUCACCUUCGUUAAGUGGAGGUCUGACAGUUCUUGGGAGUCCUAGUAUGCCACAUGGUGUUGAUGCUAUUGGUUUGCAGGUGGAUUACUGGUUAUCACCUAUCGCUGAAAAGAAGAAAGAGGGGGAGAGACGUGAUGCAGGCUCCAAAAACACGCUGAAAAGUACUUUUCGAUCAGUUCAAGUUAGUCGGCUGCCAGGAUCAGCUGGAGAAAGCCAACUUAUUCCAAACACAAUGUCUAUGACUGUUGUGACUAAAGAGAAAAACAAGAAGGUGUCCACUAUCUUCUUGGGAAAGAAACCAAAAGAGAAGGAUGUAGAUUCAAAGAGUCAAGUAAUUGAGGGUAUCACACGCCUUAUCUGUUCAGCCAAACAACAACAGACCAUUUUGAAAGUGUCUAUAGAUGGUGUGGAGUGGAAUGAUGUCAAGUUUUUCCAGUUAGCAGCACAGUGGCCCACACAUGUGAAAUAUUUUCCAGUGGGACUUUUUGGAUAUAACAAACCCCUCUCCUAGAAUCGACUUGUUUCUUUUUCAUUUGACAGUUCUGAGCAAUGAACCUCUUAAUGUAUUCUUCAAAAACUCUUUUAGCAAAUGAGCUGACCAUUCACUAUUUACUCAUUGAGCUGCUUCUUCAGUCCCAGCUGGAGUUAUUUGUUCGUUGUCUGAUGUGAAAUUGUCAGUCACUUUGCUUGUAUUUGGGCCCUCUAUUCUGCUUCUCUUCAGCAAAACUUAACAUGUUACAUAACAACAUAUAAAUGACUUCCUGCCACAAAAGAUGUCUAAGGAAGGCUGGUCAUCAUGGCUUUUAAGGAGCAUCCUUUUCAAGUUUGUUUACUGAAACAAUAAUGAAUGCUUGCAAACAUUCAACAUGGACACUUGAAUCUUUGUUUUAUUUUGUAGAAAAUAUUACACAUCAUUAUGUAUUUAGAGUUUGUUUAUGCCCCAUGUGUGCCAUCGAUCCAAAAAGAGAGUUUUUUUUUUUUUAGGUUAAUUUAAUACAUGUUGUUUUUAGCACAUUAGACCUAAAAGGGCAUUCAUUCAAAUUGUAGUUAAGCAGUUGAUCUGGGCCUCCCUGCUUAAAGUAUGUAACUCCCAAUGUCUGAGAAACAAUCAUAAAUUCAUAGCAACAAUUGUGUUGAAUCGUAAAUAUAUGUUUGUAGUGCCUAACACACCAGCCUCAUACAUUUUUGAAAGUCUCAAACAGGACAUGCAGACCUCUAAGGUUGAAACAUUUGUCGUGCUUCCUGUGUGGUUAUGUCCCUUGGACAAGACUUGCAGUGAGGAUUGGUGCUUUUUAAAUAAGUUGCCUGUCAGUCAUUUAACCAAAAUCUUUAAGUCUUUAUUUUUGGUAUGACUUGCGGAACAUUAUGACAUCAUUAUUAUCCUCAGAGUGACCUGCCUUAGGUUUUUAUUAACUACCCUGCGUUGGAAAAUUGCAAAAAUAUGCAUACUUAAUAGCAAUAGUGGCCUGAAAUAUAAGCAUUUUGUAGCUUGGUGUUGAUCCUGUAAACAAGAUUUCUUUUAAAUAGGAGUGGCCAUGUAUUUUUCAGGCAGGAUUUUAUAUUAGUUUCACUGCACAAUUAUGUGGACUGCUUACCAUCUUGAUUAAAACACCAGCUAUCCCUCUGAUCCCAGCACUGCCAAAUAAAUCAACAAAAAUAAAUAUAUUUUACUUGGCAUAUGCUAAAUGUAUUUGUAGAUGCUUCAAAAAGUAAACUCAAUUCAUUAUAAUGUAAUUUAUAUGACUAAAAAAGCAGUUCUGCCCACUUUAAUGUCACUGACAAAUCAAAACUAAGCAAGCGCGUUUUCAACAUAAGCACUUUUGUAUUGUGUUACAUUGUUGUUGUAGAUAGAAUGAGUGCCAGUUGUCUUACCUGUUAAAUGUUUGAAGCACAAAUUACUUGGUCAACCAAACACCCAUCGUAAGACAAAGAUUUCACUAAGAAGCCAUAUACAGAUAUUAGUUUUUUAAUUGAGCAUUAAUGAAAUAUAACCAUUCUCUUUUGUCAUGAAAGUUUGAGUUGUGCCUCUUUUUCAAACCUCCCAUUCUCUCAGUUUUAUCUGACACUAGUCAAAUUUCAGCGUAAAUCAGGACCUCAAAGUCUGUCACAAGACAUCCCCAUCUCUGCCACUUAGUGGAUGUUUCUUUCAUUUUAGAUAAGAAUCUGAGGUUGAAACUUUUUAUAGUAUUGCUUUAUAGUUUUCAAGAAUGGGUAUUUAAUGUCUACCACAUGAUUUCUCCAUAAUAGGUAGCAUUGCAGGUUUACAAAAAAGUGAAUUUAGGUAUCAUAAUGAUACAGUCCAUCUGUUUAGUGGGUUCAUUUAAUCUACUCUAAUGGUGAGUGUAAACUCUGCUUACUGGCUGUAGCACAAAAUAUGACCUGUAAUUGUAGAGUGAUGUAAAAGUGUGCCAUUCUCAGUGUAUUUAGUUGGACAGUAAGGUCAUUUGAAAAGAAUACUUAAUGUGAUGUUGAAUUCACACAAAUUGUAAUCUAACCACAUUCUUUGUUUGAAUAGAUAGUGCUAUUUAUAUUCUGCUUGAAUUUUAAUAGUUGACAAUCACCUUUAAUAGUUGAAAUCAUUUGUUGUGUUCUUUCACUGGAGAAUCUGUACCAAAGCCUUGGCAUUAUGAAUGUGUUUUUUUUGUAGUUUGUUUUUAUUUGUACAAUCUUUUUUUAAUUGUGUACUUUCUGUUCAUUUUUAAUGUAUAUAAAGGUAACUGUUAAGUUUUAAUUUUUAUCACUGUUUCUGUAUAGUUCUGGUGAGACUGGUCAAAUUGCAUCCAACCAGAGCAUUUCCAGCUGGUUCCAACAGUAUUUUUCCCAUGGUCCGACUGAACACGGGCCUCUGGAUCAUUUUGAAUCCUUUAUAUUGUAUUUGAUCUGAAGCUGGAGUGGAUAUGUAUUGUUUGUGUAUGUGUGUAAAAAUGCACUGCCUCUGUCAUGUUUGGCAGCCUUACCUCACAAGUCAAAAGAGCAACAUACAGCUUUUUUAUUGUGUAGAUAAACGAUAAGUUCUAACAUUUUUGAUCAAAACAUAAAAUUGUAACUGCAAAUUUGGUGCUUAUUUUUGUGCACUUUUUUCUUUGUAUGCUUUCAAAGUGCCAUUCAGUGUUUGAGAUAUGCCUCCACGUGUAAGAUUUCCUUUCCUUGAAGUCCUGCCAAAAGCAUAAAAUAAAAAUGGACAUUUCUCAUCAGUUGAAGUAUUCAGAUGGACUGUGAAUUUAACAGAUUCUGCAUUCUUCACCUUUUGCCAAUAGGAAGAGUAGAUUGUAAGAUAUUUCUUUUUUGAAGGUUGGUCACUAAAAAAAAAUUCUUUGGAUGUUAAAAAAAAAAUUAGAAUUGUACACUAAAUGUAUUCAGUAGGGUGAGUGUACAUAAGGUAAAAAUGUUCAGGGUUAAAAUAACUGACCAUAACAAGUGACUAAACAGCCUGCACAAUAUAUAUGCUGAUAUCUUUUUUUGGAAGGAGAGUAAAUUCUAUAUUGUAGUCAUCUGUUUGAUCAAAGUUACAUUUUUGGAAAGCCUCCUGCUACCAUAGUUGUCAGUCAGUAAUGAUCAUACAUUCAGUAUAAUAAGUGAUUGCAUGAUUCAUAUACAUUGCCACAUGCAGAAGUGAGUCUUUCUUCCCAUACAUGUGGAGAGAGCGGUGGAAUUACAGCAAAUCUUUUUUGUGCGGACUUGUUAAAUGUGUCAGAGGCACUGGUGUAAUUACUUAGCAUGAAAAGGAUUUCUUUAUAGAUUUUCAUUUUCUUAAUAACUUCUUAUUGAACAUCUUAAUUUCUGGUUGGACCGGAUGGCUGUUAAAUUGUGACUACUUUUAACUGUCUCAGUGCUACUAGUGAAACCAUUACGGAUGUUGAGUACAACGCACUAUUGCUUUUGUCUGUUACGUGUACCAAUUUCAGCACCAGGGAUGUAAAUUGCCUUUUAUCACAACACAAUGGCCAGGUCAGGCCUGUUUACUUGGAAUGUGUUGCUGUGCUGUACAGAGCUGGUCACUGGUCUUAUUUUCCCUUCCUUUAAUGGGGAGGGAAAAAAAGCAGUUUUUGAUUUAGUGUACUGUACAUAUGUUGGGAUGUUGUUGGACAUGGUUGCAAAACUUCACUGCUGUUAGCCUAAAUGUUAGAAAGCUUUUGCCUUGCAUUGGGAUGGAAGAAGAAUUUGGAUUUGGUGGAUAAUUCAGUUUGAAAGAGCUUAUUUUAAUAAUGCAUAUAAAAUUUUGCACAUUUUUUCAUUUAGAUCUUAUUGUAUUUCUUUAUACUUACUUGAACUUUUAUUUGUUAAAUAUUGUAUUUAAAAUUAUAUUGUGUAUAUAUAUAUAUCACCAUGCCAGAGGAGCUUGUAAUAUAGAAUGGUUUCUCUUUUGUAAAGUGCUGUGCUUGAUCAAAAAACUCGGGCUUAAACUGUAUUGAUCAACUCUGAUGUAAAGUGUUUAUUCAGAUAUCACUAUUUGCGUGUUUAUGUGUGUUUUUUAAUAAACAAUGGAUUUGUAA